CUGCGCUUUCGAACGGGCUGACAGAAAAAUAUUCACGAGUGGUAUGUGCGGAACGUACCUGCAUAUGGCGGACGCUCAGUUUGUGUUUAUGUCAAUAAGGAACUGAUUUUAUCAUUUGCGCGGGUGUGGAUUUAAUAAUUUAUAAAUGGUGUUGUGUUAGUGGAACCUGUGAAUUGUGUGUGUUGUAUGUGAUAAUGGUUUUCCUCGCUGGACUGUUGGACAUUUUCAUUUCAGCAGCGUACUUAUAAGGACAAUAGUUCCCGUUACAGACAGAAUGGGAACCGAAACCAUAUCCACCUUGGAACCCGAGUUAGACAUGGGAUCCGACAACACACAUAUCUUGGAACCCUGUCGCAGCAAGGGCUCCAACACCACACCCGCGCGGCGCGGCUGCGGUAAGAUGCGAGAGCGCCGCUCCCCGCUCCACCGCAUCGCUCUACUGUGCUGCCUGAUCUUCCUGUGCCGAGUGGACGCCUCCGACGAAACAGAAGAACUCGAAGAAACCGAACCUCCGGAAGUGUACCUACAGAAUCUACCAAAUCUACCGAAUCUACCGAAUCUACCGAAUCUACCGAGCCUGCCGACCCAGCUACCUACAGAAGAGAGGCCUAUAAUAAUACCCCCUCUGCCGCCCGUCAACGAUUCUGGAAACAUUUAUAUCCGAUAUUUGACCCAUCCGCCCGAGAUCACAAUUCGGCCCCGCAACCUGCAGGUGCGCGCGAACGGCAUCGCCGCUUUCUACUGUGCGGCGCGGGGUGACCCCGUGCCGAACAUCCAGUGGAGAAAGAACGGGAAGCGAGUUUCAAGCAUGCAGUCCCGGUACCAAGUGUCGGCCAUGGAGCAAGUGACCGAGGUGGGCGCGAACGGAGCCGUGCUCCGCAUAGAGCCGGUGCGCGCGCAGCGCGACGACGCCACCUAUGAGUGCGUUGCGGAGAACGGCGUUGGUGACGCCGUAACCGCUGUCGCUACGCUUACGGUGUUUGAAGCCGACAAAGUGCCUCCCGGUUUCCCCUCCAUCGCGCCGCCAUCGUCCACCAUGGUGGUGGAGGUGGGUCACACUGCCACUCUGCCCUGCCAAGCUACCGGGACGCCGACGCCGAAAGUCCGCUGGCUUUGGAACUCGCUGCCGCUCGACAUUGCCUCCAAUCCGAGAUACGCGCUGCUGAACGACAAGAUGCUCGGGACCCUGCAAAUUGUGAAGAGCGAGGAAGAGGACCAGGGCAAGUUCGAGUGCGUCGCGGAAAAUUCUAUCGGAACUGAGUUUUCGAAACCCACUUCGCUGUACGUCAAAGUGAGAAGAGUAGCGCCACAGUUCUCAAUCCCGCCGCCGCCGCGCACCGAAGUCAUGCUCGGGGGUAACGUCACGCUCAAGUGUGUGGCCUUCGGCUCGCCCAUGCCCACCGUCAAAUGGAGGAAAGGUCUAACGAAAUGGCUAACACCCGAAGACAACCCGCCACUCGGCCUCAACAACCUAAAGCUAGAGAACAUCAGGGAGUCCGCCAACUACACGUGCGAGGCCGCCAGCGUCCUCGGAGUCAUCGAGAAGACCGCUGAAGUCAAAGUGCAGUCGCUCCCGGGUCCACCCACCGACGUGCGUGCGUCAGAGAUCACCGCCACCAACGUGCGUCUCGCCUGGUCUUACAGCGGGCCUGAAGAACCGCAGUACUACGUCAUCCAGUACAAACCCAAAUAUGCGAACCAGGCAUUCAGCGAGAUCUCCGGCGUCAUAACCCAGUACUACUCCGUGACGAACCUGUCCCCGUACACCGAGUACGAGAUGUUCGUGAUCGCCGUCAACAACAUCGGGCGCGGGCCGCCGUCCGCGCCGGCCACCAUCACUACGGGGGAAACCGUGGAUUCCUUGUAUGGAGGUGCCAAACCGGGUUCAGCGCCGAGGAAUGUUCAAGUGCGACCGCUGAGCUCGAGCACCAUGGUCAUUCAGUGGGACGAACCUGAGACGCCGAACGGGCAAGUCACUGGCUACAAAAUCUACUACACCACAGAUCCUUCACAGACGCUACAAUCGUGGCAUUCGCAAAUGAUGGACAAUAGUCACCUGACGACGAUAAGCGAACUGACUCCGCACACAGUAUACACAAUCAGAGUCCAAGCGUUCACCUCGGUCGGCCCUGGGCCCAUCUCCGCGCCCGUCCAGGUCAAAACACAGCAAGGAGUACCAUCACAACCGUCGAACCUAGUGGCGGUGGAGGCGGGCGAGACGUCCGUCACGUUGUCGUGGCGUCGGCCGGCGCACGCCGGCGACAAUAUCGUGUCGUACGAGCUGUAUUGGAACGAUACCUACGCCAAGCAGCACCACAGGAAACGCAUACCCAUCACGGAAACCUACACCCUGAACGGCCUGUACCCGAACACGCUGUACUACAUCUGGCUCGCGGCGCGCUCGCAGCGCGGGGAGGGCGCCACCACGCCGCCCAUCGCCGUCAGGACGAAGCAAUAUGUUCCCGGAGCGCCGCCGAUGAAUGUGACCGCCGUGGCUGUAUCGCCGACGGCGAUUCGCGUGUCGUGGCAGCCGCCGCCAGCGGAGCGCGCGAACGGUCGGAUCGCGUAUUACAAGCUGCUUUGCGUGGAGAGCGGGAGGGGGGAUUCGGAGGCGACGGUCGUCAAGCUUAACCAUACGUCUUUCGAGCUGGAUGAGCUGCGCCGCUGGACCGAGUACCGGAUCUGGGUGCUGGCCGGGACCAGCGUGGGGGACGGACCCGCCUCCUAUCCCGUGACUGUGCGCACGCAUGAAGACGUGCCGGGGGAGCCUCAGGACGUGAAGGUGGCCGCCAUCAACUCCACGUCGCUCCACGUCACCUGGAAGCCGCCCACUGAGAAGGAGAAGAACGGCAUUAUAAGAGGCUACCAUGUGCAUGUACAAGAAGUUCGGGAAGAGGGCAAGGGCCUUCUCAACGACCCGAUGCGUUUCAACGUAAUGGACGACACGACGCUAGAACUGAACAUAUCAGGGCUGCAGCCCGACUCGCGGUACAACGUGCAGGUGGCCGCGCUCACGCGCAAGGGGGACGGGGACCGAAGCGCGCCGGUGUCGGUCAAGACGCCCGGCGGGGUGCCGAACAGGCCUCAGGUCAACCUCAAGGUAUUGGAGCGAGAGCCAAUUGUAUCGAUUGAACUGGAGUGGACUAAACCCACGCACACCUACGGAGACUUACUAGGUUAUCGGCUAAGAUACGGUAUAAAGGAUCAAAAUUUGGAGGAGGAGAAUUUCGCGACCAAAGUCACGUCGCACAAAAUCAUGGACUUAGAAAGAGGCGUCCAAUAUGAAUUUAGGAUAGCUGGUCGUAACCAUAUUGGUAUAGGCCAGGAAACUAUCAAGUAUUGGCUCACGCCUGAAGGUGCGCCUAAGGGACCUCCGGCAAACGUUACAUAUCAUUUCCAAACUCCUGAUGUCAUUAGUGUCACUUGGGACCCACCCACUCGAGCCGAUCGAAGUGGUCAGAUAAAGAAAUAUGACGUCGAGUUCUUAAAGAAAGGCGAUCAGUCAUCGCUUAUAGAAAGGACUACGACAGCUAAUAAAACUGUUUUCACCGGAUUAGAAGAGGACGCUCAUUACACUUUCAAGGUUCGCGCUUAUACAGAUCAAGGCCCCGGGCCAUACAGCAAGGAAAUCACGGCGCAUACUGAACGGGACAUCGGCAGAGCACCCAUGUCGGUCAAAGCUGUCGCCACAUCCGAGUCAGACGUUGAGGUAUGGUGGGAACCCGUGCCUUCGAGGAAGAAAAUAUUGGGAUACGUUAUAUUCUACACUAUGACGCCAGUAGACGACUUAGACGAAUGGCAGCAAAAGACAGUUCAUGUAACGCAUUCUGCAGAUUUGGAAAAUUUAGAAAAAUUCGCAGAAUAUGCUAUCGGUGUGGCUGCUAAAACGGCUGACGGUCUUGGAAGGUUAUCAGAAAAGGUUACAGUCAAAGUGAAACCGGAAGAAGUGCCUUUAUACUUGAGAGCCCAAGACGUCUCCACGCAUUCUAUGACGCUAUCCUGGGCUCCGCCGUUACGCUUAAACCCUGUUAGCUAUAAGAUUUCAUACAACGCGAUCAAAGAAUUCGUUGACUCAUUAGGAAUGACCCAAACGCAAGAAAUACCACGAAGAGAAAUCAUAAUCAAACACGAUAGAACGUCGCAUUCGAUUAACGAUUUGUCUCCUUUCACGACAUAUAAUGUUAACGUUAGUGCCAUACCCAACGACGACUCUUAUAGGCCGCCAACGAAAAUUACUGUCACUACCCAAAUGGCAGCACCCAAGCCUAUGGUCAAACCUGAUUUCUACGGCGUUGUUGAAAAUGAAAUACUAGUUAUUCUACCUCAAGCUUCCGAAGAAUACGGCCCUAUUUCGCAUUAUUAUCUAGUUGUAGUGCCCGAUGAUAAGGCCCAUAAUCAUAAGAAUCCAGAUCAGUUCCUAACAGACGAGUUAAUAAAAAAUAACGCUCGUACUGACGACGAAAAUGCUCCUUAUAUAGCUGCCAAAUUCUUACAAAGAAAUAUUUUAUAUACUUUCCACCUUGGGAAUGAUGAAAAUUAUGAAGGGUUCUUGAACAGAAAAUUAAACCCAACGAAGAAAUAUCGCGUGUUCGUGAGGGCCGUUGUUGACACGCCUCAGAAACACUUGUACACUUCGAGUCCGUUCUCAGAGUACUUAUCUCUCGAUAUGCGUGAAGCUCCGCCCGGUGAAGAACCAAGCAGGCCUGGCCCUGAUAAAGAUAUUAAUGGAGAUCCAGAAAUAAGAAUAGAAGAGAACAGAAAAGAGGCGGGCAUGUUCUGGAUAAUCGGUCCUAUCAUUGCGGCGUUGAGUCUUUCUCUCUGCUUAGUAAUGUUAUUCUUUGUGAAGAAACGAAGACAACCAUGCAAAACACCAGACCAGGCUGCGGUCACACGGCCACUUAUGGCUGCAGAUGUUGGCUUCGGAGCACCGUCCGACCCCGUCGAAAUGCGAAGACUUAACUUCCAAACCCCUGCUAUGAUUUCUCAUCCACCCAUACCCAUCUCAGAACUGGCUGAACACAUCGAAAGACUAAAGUCAAAUGAUAAUCUCAAAUUCUCACAAGAAUAUGAAAGUAUCGAACCAGGUCAACAGUUCACAUGGGACCACUCCAACAUGGAUGUGAACAAGCCUAAGAAUCGAUAUGCAAAUGUCAUCGCAUACGAUCACAGCCGAGUCAUCCUACAGCCGAUAGACGGAAUACUUGGAAGCGACUAUAUCAAUGCUAACUACUGCGAUGGCUACCGCAAGCAUAAUGCCUACGUUGCUACUCAAGGACCCCUGCAAGAAACGUUCGCAGAUUUCUGGCGCAUGUGUUGGGAACUGCGAACGUCCACGAUAGUAAUGAUGACCAAACUUGAGGAGCGCACGAGGAUCAAAUGCGAUCAGUACUGGCCGAGCCGCGGCAGCGAAACGUAUGGCAUGAUGACCGUAACCAUCGCGGAAGUUCAGGAACUCGCCACUUAUUGCAUUCGAACUUUCCAAGUCACGAGGAAUGGGGGUGCUGAGCGGAGGGAGAUCAAACAGUUGCAGUUCACAGCUUGGCCUGACCACGGUGUACCGGAUCAUCCGGCUCCCUUCCUACAGUUUUUGCGACGCGUGCGAGCCCUCAACCUGCCUGAUGCCGGCCCGUUAGUUGUUCACUGUUCUGCUGGCGUCGGCAGAACUGGCUGCUUCAUCGUCAUCGACUCCAUGCUAGAAAGGGCACGACACGAGCGCACCGUAGACAUCUAUGGUCACGUCACUUGCUUGCGAGCUCAGCGUAACUACAUGGUCCAAACCGAAGAUCAGUACAUCUUCAUCCACGACGCUUUAGUCGAGGCUGUCGUCUGUGGUGACACCGAAGUGCCGGCUCGCAAUUUACACGGGCAUAUCCAGAAACUCAUGCGUAUCGAUACUAUGGAGAAUAUCACUGGAAUGGAAUUGGAAUUUAAGAAACUAGCUAACAUGAAAGCGGACUCGACUCGCUUCGUCUCUGCCAGCUUGCCUUGUAAUAAGCACAAAAACAGACUGGUUCAUAUCUUGCCAUUUGAGUCUACUAGGGUCUGUCUGACGCCAAGGGACGGAUCUGAUUAUAUCAACGCUUCAUUCGUCGAUGGAUAUAGGUACAGAGCGGCUUACAUCGCCACACAGGGCCCUCUGCCUGAUACCACGGACGAUUUCUGGCGUAUGCUUUGGGAACAUAAUUCUACCAUCGUCGUGAUGUUAACGAAACUAAAGGAAAUGGGCAGGGAAAAAUGCCAUCAGUACUGGCCGUCGGACCGCUCUGUGCGCUACCAAUGCUUCGUAGUGGAUCCUAUUGCUGAAUACAAUAUGCCUCAGUACAUCUUGAGGGAAUUCAAGGUUACGGAUGCCCGCGACGGAGCGUCCAGGACGGUCCGCCAGUUCCAGUUCACGGACUGGCCCGAGCAGGGGGUCCCGAAGAGCGGGGAGGGCUUCAUCGACUUCCUGGGACAAGUGCACAAGACCAAGGAGCAGUUUGGACAGGAUGGACCUAUCACUGUGCAUUGCAGCGCGGGCGUCGGCCGCACCGGCGUGUUCAUCACCUUGUCGACGGUGCUGGAGCGUAUGCAGUACGAGGGUGUGGUUGACGUGUUCCAGACUGUUCGCACGCUGCGCACCCAGCGCCCCGCCAUGGUGCAGACUGAGGACCAGUACGAGUUCUGCUACCGCGCCGCACUCGAAUAUCUCGGCUCGUUCGACCACUACGCCAACUGACGCUCGCCCAACGUACUCGUCUAGUCGAACGCACGCUUAGCACUACGUAUGUACUUAACUUAACGCAUUUACUCUAAAAAAACCGGUUGGACGGGUGAGCGAGUCCGAACCGUCAGUAGUUUUAAUGUGGCCAACAACUUUGUUAACUGACAGUUGCACUAGACAAUUCCCCAGUAAAAAUAUGAGUCCAUUUAUUAUUCAAACUAUUAUUCUAACUUUGCCCCGAAAUUGUACAUUUCGUUUAUAUUUUUGACGUCUUUCUAGUCACUUAGACGUCAUUCAAGUUUCCAAAUUAUCCACGAUCGAGAAUUAACUUUGGGAACGUGAAUUUAUUAUCACACUUUCUGUAACUUUUAUUGACACGUUUUGUCAAAGUUGAGUAACUUGUUCGCAAAAGUUAGCAAUUUCUGGCUCGCACAACCUGUCAACUGUAUCGUAGUGAUGUUCGACGUACCAUAAUAUUGUUAAUUCAAUGUUGUAGCAUACCAUUAUGUGAGGUAAACAUGUAUGAGUGCCUAGGAACGCUACUUAUGACGUAUAUAUAAUGAAUGUGACCACUAAAAACAUGAUUGUGAGUCGGAAGGGUAAUAACUAUUAAUACUUAAUCCCGUAUCUCCUUAUGAUAUUAUACGAUGCUGUUCAUGCUAUUUUUGUCUUCGAAUAGGAACAGUUAAUGUUAAAUUCCAUAUAAAACAGUUGAAGUAUAGAUGCAUUUAAAAUAUUACAGAUAAAAGGACGGUAUUUAAAAGUCAGUGUAAUAUUAUGCCAAAAGUAUAAUUUGCUAUCGGGUAAAGCAAUUAGUAAAUGAAAACAGUGCGCUUAGAGACUACGAUCUUUGCAGGAACGCUUUUUACACUUUUUAAGGAAGCCUUGGAUUAAAUGGGGACUUAAUUAAAAUUGGUCGUCCAACGCGAUACCAUUUUCAUCAUCGUACAGAGCGUUCCUGCAACAGGCGAGUAGAUGACUUUACGCGUAAUAAUAAUCUCUGGUCGUCACAUAUACUACAUAAUAUUGUAAAAUGUAUAAAUAGUUAUUGCAGCUGUAAUUUAGAAGUUUAUUUUUCAUAUCGUGUGUUAAAUAUGUUAAGUAGUGUAAAGACGGUAACACGUUUCAUUAUUGCAAUACACGUUAAUCAUUAGACGAAUCGGCUGUGUCGUGUGAAAUGAAAUUAUGUGUCGGUCCCGUGUGUAGUACAUAAUUUUGUGUACAUAGUUGUAUGUGAUGUAAUUUUAUUAUUUUUUGUACACCCAAUUUUAUGGCAGCCAGUAAUAUUUGUAUUUAAUUUGAUUAAGGGUCCGCAAUAGGUAAACUUGGAUGUGUCAAUUUAAUAUUGAAAUGGAAGUUUGGACUUUAUUGUAUAUGAGUUGAGUUGUAUAAGUAGGAUUUAGUGUACUUAUUAUUGAAAGAAUUCAACUAUAAUCGUUAAAAUAUAGCAAUGAAAGUUACCCAUUGUGACCCCUUAAUUU